AUGUUACAGUUGUUAAAAAGAGAUUUAUAGAAAAAUAUAGAGUAAUGUAAUUAACAUAACUACGUUAGUCAUAAAAUAUUCAAAGAAAGUCUAAAAUAAAAAUCCUUACACAGUUAAAUAAUAACACUAAUUGAAUAGGCGAAGAAUAACAAAGCUAUUUCUUCUUAUCUAUAAGGUGGAGAGGUUGCAUUAACCUAUAUUUCUUUUAAUCUUAUUAACAGAAAGAAUACCAAAUAUAAAAUUUUUUUAGUUUAGGUACUUCAUUUUAUGCCACACAAAGGGGGUUAGAAUUCUCUUGCAGGGCAGAAGGGAAUCACGUAAAGUUAUAAAAUGUAUGGAUUCCUAUCCUCAGAUUAAGAAACAAGUUAAACAGAAAACUCCAAAUUUAAUAAAACUUUAUAGAAUUCUAAAGAUAUUUAAGAACUUUAAUCUCUUUAUUUAACAACAUAGAUCAAAAUAAGAGAAUUGGGAUUAUGA